UGCGUUCAUUGGCCCAAAGUCACGUGUCAAUGUGAUGCAAUCAAGGUCCGGAGGAGUGAUAGAACACCGGUCGCGCACACAGCUGCGGUAACCUUGACAGUACGGGGCAGCAUGGCGAAGUACUUGGCACAGAUCAUGAUGAUGGGCGCACAGGUGAUAGGGCGAGCGUUCACAAAGGCUCUACGCCAGGAGUUUGCAGCGAGUAAAGCAGCGGCCGAGGCAAGAGGAGGACGGGCGGGACAGGAGUCGGCUGCAGUCAGCAGCCUAUCAGGAAUAAGUUUGCAAGAAGCCCAGCAGAUUCUAAAUAUCUCCAAACUGAACACAGAAGAAAUUCAGAAGAGCUACGACCACCUUUUUAAAGUCAAUGACAAAGCUGUAGGAGGGUCCUUCUACCUGCAAUCCAAAGUUGUCCGAGCCAAGGAACGGUUAGAUCAGGAGUUGGUGAUACAAAACAAAGGAAAAGAUCCUACAGAGGAGGCCAAGACCACGUGAGGCCCAGCCCACGCCCCAACCUUCACUGUACAUGG